AUGCAUGUCACAACUGUAUCUCCAGUACCCCCUCCGCCUCCGCCACCACCACCCCCUCCGCCACCUCCCCCACCUGUCCAUUCCUCUUCUUUCGGGUCUCGCAACAUUCAGAGACGUUCCAUGAAAAAGCUGAACUGGGAUACUAUUCCCAGCCAGCGUGUCCUGGGCAAACUGAAUGUGUGGACAUCUAGUCGGCCCCAGAGGGACCUGGUGCUUGAUAUUCGGAGCAUGGAGGAAUUGUUCAGUCACGUAGACAAACGGGCCUCACUGUGCACUUCAACAAACCUGAAGAAAUGUGAUGGCACAGAUCACCUUCCACAGGAGCCUCAGGUCACAAUUCUCGACUCCAAAAGAAGUAUGAAUAUCGGAAUCUUCCUGAGGCAUUUUAAGAGGCCUGUGACAGAAAUUGUGCAGGACAUUUAUCAAGGGAACUGGCUCCGGUUUGGAAAUGGGAAGUUGAAAGAGCUUUGUAAGCUGCUGCCAGAGGAAAGUGAGGUCAAACUGCUGAUGUCGUUCAGUGGAAACCUUUCUGUUUUGGCUGAGGCUGACCAGUUUAUGGUCCAGCUGGUCAAAGUACCAUGCUAUGAGGAACGGUUAAAAAUGAUGGUGCUAAGGGAGGAAUUUUUUCCUCUAAUGGAGGAGGUGAAAAACUCAGUUGGCGUCAUGUUCAAAGCAGCUAAUGAACUGUUGGACUGUGAUGACCUCCACUCGGUCAUUCGGCUGGUAUUAAAAGCCGGGAACUACAUGAACGCUGGUGGUCACAAUUCCAAUGUUAUUGGCUUUAGGAUGACCUCUCUGCUUAAGCUGGCAGACACAAAGGCCAACAAGCCAGGCAUGAACCUCAUGCACUACGUUGCCAAGCAAGCAGAAUACAUUGAUUCUGAGUUACUGACCUUUCCCAACCAGCUUGAACAUAUUGGGAUGGCAUCAAGGUGGUUAUCACUUCAUAUCAUGUCAUUUCAUUGGUCACCCUCGGAGUGCUCUUCCCGGACUGAUUCAUCGGUAGAAACAUCUGAGCAAAGUCCCCGUUCUAACCAAGAGAGUCAUAAGAAACCAUUCCAAGCACAAAAAGAGAAUAAAGACAUGACAAAACUGGAAAACAAAGAAGCCAAGAAGAUGGAAAAGAUCUCUCUGAAUGUGCUUUGCUACCAAAAAACCACAAAAAGCCUCAACUGUGAGAGAGGUUCAGGUACUCCUUGUCCUUUGCAGAGAGAGCAAGACACACUUGCUACUCCAAAAACACCUCGACCUAGGACCAGAGACUACUUCUUUGCCAGCAAUGGGGAUGUGAGCUCCCCAUGGACUAUCCUCAGCCCUUUUACUUGCACUCAGAAAACCAGCCCCCAGAGAAACAGACCAGCCCACCAACGCAGGCUGUCAUCCACAUAUGGUGGCGACAACCUUGAUGAUGGUGUGUGGAAGAGCGAUGAGGGCAAUGAUGCACCCAAAACUGUCAGUGAGACAUCUCCAUCUAGGGGUUCUCGUUUUCUUCCUGAAUGCCCCAAUCGGAGAGGUUUGUCGCAGGGUACCACCUACAGGUCUCAUUCUGUUGAUGAAGCUGUGCAGUCCCCUCCAUCUGGCUUCCGACUGGGAGACCUGCUGCAGAAAAACGCAUCUCACAGGUCAUUCUCCUCUGGCUCAAGGACGGAAAGUGUAACAAAAGAGGAAACUGGAAUUAGUAAGGCUGGGAAUAAUGCAGAAGGGCAGGCGAGCACCUCUGGAUUUAUAUCCUUCUUCAGGCGUAUUGGAGGCAGAAGCAAACCCGGUGAUUUGGAAGAGCAAAAUUUCAAAGGCUCAAGUACUUAAUAUAAGAAUUUUUUUUUGGAGAUGGAAACCAAGCUUUGCCUUUUUUGUUAAAAACUGUCUUUUUUUUAUGUUAUGGUUUUACCCUUCAGUGGAAACAAGGCAAACAUGGACUUGCUUUGAACUGAAGGUUUUGAUUUUUGAGAGUAACCACAUUCAAAAAUCGCAACAGGUUCCUCACAUUUUUGUCUUUUUUGUAUGAAAUAAAGGCUGACAA